AUGGCUGACGAAAGUCUAGCACCAGAACUGGUGUCUCUUAUCUUACAAAAUGUUGACUCACCUCGCGGUCUCCACGACCUGAUUGCAGCAUCGCCUGCCUGUUUGCGAGUCUUCUUACAAACGCCAUAUCUCAUUCUUUCAGCUGUGGUGCGAAAUGCAUUACCAAGUGGGACGAUCAAACAUUAUCUCGCUGCUUCGCAAGCCCCUCAACGUCAGACUAGGGAUGAGAUAUUGUUGUUCCUGGAUGAAUACUUCAGUGACUCUUCGCCAUUCAAAUUUCCGGCAAACCGGACAGAUCUUGUAUCGUUUUGCCAACUUUACCAUCGUGUAGAUUAUCUCGUCAACCUGUUUUUGCAUCAGAUGCAGCAACUUGGGUUUGACGAAUCGAUACUUGCGCCUUCAUCUUCCGAAUCUACUCGACUUCACAGAGCGUUUCUACGAUAUGAAAUCUACUGCAGCGUCUUUGCACCCCAUGACAUUGAACCAUGGGAGCAUCCUUUACUGUUCCAUCAAUUCUCUGGUAUUGAACAGUUCGAUCUAUUCUUGAGGCAACUGACGCCAUGGGAGGUAGAGGAAAUGGCCUGUGUCCAAGUAUACUUUGCCCUUCUCACAGGCGGCUAUAUUAGUCAACUUGAGGAGCAGCUCAUUGAAGCUGUCAAGAACGCCCCUGGGCUUGUAUGGCCAUCAUCUCCAGACUCAAAAACAGGAGAAGAAGCCGACAAAAAGGAAGAGGAAGAGAUGGUGAGCAAGCGAGACGACAUGAGGGAAUUCAAAAACUUAGAUCUCACCAGUCUGUUGUUAUUCUCCAAAGACGGCAUAUAUAGUUCCCCGGAUAGUAUCACCCACAUGACCUCUCUGGGCCUUGACUUCAUCUAUUUGCUCUGUAAAUCAGAGGACCGAAGGUCCGAGUUGAUUCGUUCGAACUCUCCGGACUACCGCGAGUUCCUGCCGGAAGCCCUCAACCACUCGACGGCAUGGACACCAGAGGACCAAUAUCAGGGUAUCUCUGUGGAAGAAACAGACUCGCUAGAUGAUCCAUCACGCGAGAACCUCGGCUUCAUCUUGUUCGGAAAGAAUGACAAUAUGGGAACGGCAUAUCUACCUAUCGAUCCAACAGGUUCUCACUACUCAAUACUUAGGCGACUCGGUUACGUCUUCUGGGACUCUUGGAGAAUACAAUCUCCUGAAAUAUCUGAUAGACUUAAGGCGGUAGAGAAGAUGACAUAUGAUGAAAUACACGAGUUAUUUAAUAGGCCAUGGCGAAAGGGAGCUGAGGCUAGGCUUCAGGGGGUAAAGCUCCCACGAGAUCAGUUUGAGAAGAUCGAAAGAGAAUUUGGAUACAUCGAAGACGCUGAAGAUUCGGACUCUUUAGCUCGUGCCCCCCCUCCAAAACCCUUUAUGAAUUAA